AAUCCUCUUUUUUUUCUUUUUUCAAUAUUCGUUCUUCUUCCGAUAACUUGUUUCCAUCAUUUUCUUUCUUUCGUUUUCUCUCAAUCUUACUUCUUCUCCGGUUUAGUAGUCAACGGUCAGCGAUCUCGGCGUUUGCAAAUCGGAAAAAAAUAUAGCUCAGACUCAGAGUCUUUGGAUAUCGAUUUUAGGGGUCUUCUCUUCGAAUUAAAAAAAAAAAGUCAACGGUCGAAUUCGAGAGAUCCUAUGAAGGAGAGUUCUAGGGUUCGUUUUUAAUCUGUGAGGAAAAAUGAUGAAACCAAGCUUCUUAUGGCUGAUUCUGGUUUUCGAUUUGGUUCUCAGAAUAUCUGGCAACGCCGAAGGUGAUGCUUUGAGUGCACUGAAGAACAGUUUAGCAGACCCAAACAAGGUGCUACAGAGCUGGGACGCUACUCUUGUUACUCCCUGUACAUGGUUUCAUGUUACUUGCAAUACUGACAAUAGCGUUACACGUGUGGACCUUGGGAAUGCGAAUCUAUCUGGUCAGCUAGUAAUGCAGCUUGGUCAGCUCCCAAACUUGCAGUACUUGGAGCUUUAUAGCAAUAACAUUACUGGGACAAUACCAGAGCAGCUUGGCAAUUUGACGGAAUUGGUGAGCUUGGAUCUUUACUUGAACAAUCUAAGUGGUCCCAUCCCUAAAUCUCUUGGCCGACUUCAGAAACUACGUUUCUUGCGUCUUAACAACAACAGUUUAUCUGGCGAAAUCCCAAGGUCUUUGACUGUUGUCUUGUCGCUGCAAGUUCUUGAUCUCUCAAACAAUCCUCUCACUGGAGAUAUUCCUGUUAAUGGUUCCUUUUCACUCUUCACACCUAUCAGUUUUGCCAAUACCAAUUUGACUCCCCUUCCUGCAUCUCCGCCGCCUCCUAUCUCUCCUACACCACCAUCACCUGGAGGGAGUAACAGAAUCACUGGAGCAAUUGCUGGAGGAGUUGCUGCAGGCGCUGCACUUCUCUUUGCUGUUCCUGCCAUUGCACUUGCUUUGUGGCGUAGGAAAAAGCCACAAGACCACUUCUUUGAUGUCCCAGCUGAAGAGGACCCAGAGGUUCAUUUGGGACAACUCAAGAGGUUUUCAUUGCGUGAACUACAAGUUGCUUCGGAUAAUUUCAGCAACAGGAACAUAUUGGGUAGAGGUGGUUUUGGUAAAGUGUAUAAAGGAAGGUUAGCUGAUAGUACUUUAGUGGCGAUUAAAAGACUGAAAGAGGAGCGUACUCAAGGUGGUGAACUUCAGUUCCAGACCGAGGUUGAGAUGAUCAGCAUGGCUGUUCAUAGGAACUUGCUUCGGCUUCGUGGUUUUUGCAUGACUCCAACAGAGAGACUUCUUGUUUAUCCUUACAUGGCUAAUGGAAGUGUUGCAUCCUGUUUACGAGACCGUCCAGAGUCUCAGCCACCACUUGAUUGGCCAAAGAGACAGGGCAUUGCAUUGGGAUCAGCAAGAGGCCUUGCAUAUCUACAUGACCAUUGUGACCCAAAGAUCAUUCACCGAGAUGUGAAAGCGGCAAAUAUACUGUUGGACGAAGACUUUGAAGCCGUGGUCGGAGAUUUUGGACUUGCAAAACUCAUGGACUACAAAGACACGCAUGUGACAACCGCGGUGCGUGGUACCAUCGGUCAUAUAGCACCUGAGUAUCUCUCUACUGGUAAAUCGUCAGAGAAAACAGAUGUGUUUGGUUACGGAGUCAUGCUUCUUGAGCUCAUUACUGGACAGAGAGCUUUCGAUCUUGCGCGUCUUGCCAAUGACGAUGAUGUCAUGUUACUAGACUGGGUGAAAGGGUUGUUGAAAGAGAAGAAGCUGGAAGCGCUAGUAGAUGUUGAUCUUCAGGGUAACUACAUAGACGAAGAAGUGGAGAAGCUAAUCCAAGUGGCUCUCCUCUGCACUCAGAGCUCACCAAUGGAAAGACCCAAAAUGUCUGAAGUUGUGAGAAUGCUUGAAGGAGAUGGUUUAGCUGAGAGAUGGGAAGAGUGGCAAAAGGAAGAAGUGUUCAGACAAGAUUUCAAUUACCAAAACUAUAAUCAACCAAACACUUCCUGGCUCAUUGGUGAUUCCGCUUCCCACAUAGAAAACGAUUAUCCUUCGGGUCCAAGAUAAAGAUUCGUGUAACACGAAUGUCUUUAUUUUUCUUCUUAUGUAUUUAUUAAGGGUUUAGUUUAUGCUGAUCCAUAUUAUUGAGUUCCAAGUGCAGUACAUGUAUGAAGAAGAUUCAGGUUGGGUUUGUAAGUUAUAAAGGGAUUUGAAUAUUUGAAAGCUAAAAACUGAACAAGUUUAUAAUC